AUGGCUGAUUCUACCGACAACAACGUCGACGCCGUCGUCGCCCCUAGUGAUCCAGCGCCUCUUUCCACUGAGGCCACGAAUAACCAGGUUGCCGAUAUUCAGGCUCCAACCAGCCCAGAUGACCAGGCAGUGCCGCCAGUACCAGCAGUACCAGCACCAGCACCAGCAUCAUCACCACCAGCGCCUGUGGACAACGCUAAAGAGAUUGAACAGGAGCAGAUCAUUUCUCUCACCACCAUACCCACGCCAUCCGAUGACGCCACAGAGAAGCAGGACAAACAAUCAUCAGAAGUAGAGGCCAUCCAGCUCGAAGAACAAGAUGCGAGCCAGACCAUUGCAUCAGCUAUGGAAACGGGACACUCUGCUCCUGUCCCAGAGAACGCUCCUGAUGUUACUCCAGAAGUGAUCUUGGAUUCACCUGCCACUGUUACUGCCGAUCCCUACACAGAGCAGGAUGGGGCCUACGAAGAUACGGAGCUCGUUUCAGACGUCCCUGUGCCCUCUAACGACGCGAUCAAUCCUGAUGAAUCCAUGGCGGAUGAGGACCAGAGCGGAGGAGAUGCUGCAGAAGGCCAAAUGGAUGAUUCUCAGGCUAAGGCUGCCUCAACCACACCCACGUCAAACAAGGCUCAGGGCUCGAAUAACAGCAGCAACAACAGCCAGCAGCAGCAGCACCACCACCACAACAGGCAUCAUCAUCGUGGUAGGGGUGGUUACUUUAAUAACCGCAACAACCACAGCGUGAACUUUCAGAAUAACAACAACCAUAACAGUAGCCGACCCUUCAACCAGCGACCUUUCAACAACCACAGCAACCACCAAGGCUUUAACAAUAAUAACAAUAACGGCUACAACAACAAUUUCAAUAACAAUAACAACAACAACCAUCCCGGAGGACCAGGGCCCAUGCGAAGGGGCGGAUACCGAGGCGUGCAAGAUCAAAGACCCUACCGCCGUGAGGAGUCCUAUCGAGGCGGUCGACAGCCGGACCACUUUCAGCAGCGCCCACGAGAUAACUUCAACAACAAUAGCCAUAACCCCAACCACCACCAUAGCAGCGGUCCCUACGGUGGUCCCAAUCAGUACCAGCAGCAGCAGCCUCAACAACAGGCGCCAUACCAACAGCGCCAUCCACAGCAGUCGCAGCAGCAGCAACACCAUCACCACCACCAGCAGCAACAAUUUCCAAACGGCUCUCCCAUGGCUCACAAUCAGAACAGAUUCCAGCAGGGGCCUGACCACAACGACCGACAGCGUCAGCAGCGGAUGCCUCGGGGGCCACCACCGCCAUCCGCUCAGGACGUUGGCAUGGCGUCUCCGAUGCAGAACAGUGGCCCUCCUCCUGUAGGAGGCAGACCCCCCAAAACGGGCUCUAUCAAAUCGAUCUUUGAUUAUGCCAAGGGGAUGCAAUGGGAUCGGACCAACCAACCUCCACCAAGCGCGCCCGCAGCAAACGGUGCCCAAGAUCCCGCCUACUUUCCUAACGCCAAUGGGGCUGCAGCGCCAGUUGGAGCUGCGUACAACGUGCCCUUUGGUCAGGCUGGAGCACAAACAGGAACUCAUGCUGCUACCCCUUAUGGCCAGCCAGCUCCCAGUGCUGCUCAUGGUUACGGCCAGCAAGCGCCAGCACAACAAUACGAUCCAUAUGUGGCACAGCCACCGGCGGCUAACACUGCAGCAUCAGCCCCAUAUCAGCAUGAGUGGUACUCAAAUGCACCGAACGCAGCACAGGGUGUUGCAGCUGGACCAGCACGUGGAGCAAACGGCCGAGAUUGGCAAAACAAUGCUGAACAGACUACACCUUACAAACGCCCUGCAAACGCCGGUCGCGGCGGUAGAGGCGGGGGCAGAGGGGGCUUCGGAGGAGCAGGUAGAGGUGGUCAGCAGCACAAUGCACCUGGAUUCAACAGCCAUGCCGCACAUAACGCCAGCGCCAGCAACAGUGCUAGUAGUGUCAACAGCAUACCGCUUAACCAAAACAACAACUCGGCGAGCUAUGGCAAUGCCAACGGAUACAAUGCGCGCCAACCCCCAUUGCCCGCUCAGCCACCCCCACCAGUUCUUCAGCAGCAACACCAGCAGCAACAGCAACAGCAGCAGCAACAACAACAACAACAACAACAACAACAACAACAACAACAACAACAACAACAACAACAACAACAGGCCUAUUCUCAGGCGUACACCCAAGCAUACGGCUACCCUGCUGCUGCAACUGUUUACCAACCUACAGCGGCUGCGUACCAAGCGCAGGCGCAAACACAGACCGCUGCCUAUCAGACUCCUGCUGCAGGAUACCAAGCCGCCGCUGCAGCCUACCCUGGAGCCGCUGCCGCUGCCAACGGAUACCAGGCUGUCGCUGCCAACGGAUACCAGGCUGCCCCCACAGGAUAUCCUGCUGCUGGAGCGACGACUGCAUACCAGGCUGCUGCUGCUGCCUAUCCCACAGGGGCUGCUGCUACUGCCUAUCCCGCGGGGGCUGCUGCUACUACGUAUCCCACAGGAGCUGCUGGAUAUCAGGCCGCAGCUGCGGGGUAUCAGAACGUCCUUUCCGCAGCCGCAUACCCCGCUGCAGCAUCGGGCUAUCAAGCUGCAGCAGCCUAUCCAACUGCCGCAGGAGCAUAUCCAGCUGCUGCUGCUUCCGGGUACCAAGCCGCGGCCUAUCAGACACAGGCAUCAGCCUACCAAGCGCCCGUAGCCACUGGUUAUCAGGCCUCCGCAACAGCUUAUCCCCCGUACCGGUAA